AGCCAUAGGAGCUAUUGUACUCGAGCAGGAGCGAUCAUGGGAAACUCUGUACAAGCAGCAAAUAAUAAACGAAAUUCCCACCUCGAUAGCUCUCAGCAUGUUUAUGAAGAGAUCGAGGAGGGAAAAUUGGAUCCAACCGUUGUGAAAAGAUGCAAAUGCACUACUUGUUCCCACACAAGAUAUGGUAGACUGCCGCCCAGAAGGAUAACUGAUAAAGCUAUUGAUAGAAAACGAAAGAAGAUUAAAGAAAAAAAAUCUACAGCAUCAUCUUUAAACCCUUCGUCGUCUGCAGUUGAGAAGAAAAAGAAUGACAAUAUUACACGUCUUGAAAACGAUUAUGGAUUUUUCGAUUUUCUGGAACCCAAAGGGCAACAACGUCGGCGUUUACAAAGGGUUUUACAACGGCCAACGGCCCCCGACAAUUGCGAUGUUGAAGUGGAAGAGAUUUACGAGACAUCUAGAGAGCUUCGUGCCUUUUGGAAGAACCACGACAGUAAAGAAUUAAAAAACUAUAACUCAUCCUCUUCGACUGUUUCUUCUGGCGUUGAUUGCGGCAGUGAUUCAACGGAUACUUCCACUGACUCCGGCAUACGCCUAUUUUCUGACAGACUGGCUGAGGAAUGUGUAAGGGUCAGUCCGAUCGGUCACGAAUACGAAAACGUUAAAAAACCCAUUAGAAAACCACAGCCAUCCUCGUCAUACUCUUCGUCUACGUCAUCAUCGUCAUUUUCUUCCUAUCCGCAAAGCUAUCGUCAUCAUUCUCACAAGUUACGAAGGGAAGCGGAAACGGGAAGAGAUAACGGGAGGAAAGUGUGUAAAUCCACCGCUAAAAGCAACUCUUUGUCCGAUAUUGACAGUGUCUACUCUUCACUGUCCAGUCAAACUUGCCGAAAAAAAUUACAAAGGAAUGAAUUACUCUACGAUUUACUAUCCACAAACUUCGACCGCCAAAGCUGGCUAUUAUGAAAAAUAUUUUCUAAUAGGAAACUUUACUACUACCUCGUUUCUUGACAUUAAUCAUUCAGUGACCCCUCCCUCUACCUCACCCCCCCUCCUCUCUACUCCUCUCCCUUCUUUCUCUCUAUCGCCUUACUAAGCGACCUUCUCGUCGCCUUUGAGAAAGAAUACCGUUGUCAUUCCGUUCAAGCUUUUAAUCGUUCCUUUGUACCAUUUAUGUUUUUAUAUCAUUAUUAUCAAUAUUUAUAAUUGUUAUAUGUUAAACGUUGUCAUAUGUAAAUAGAAUUUUUAAAUAUAAUGGAAAAUUUAAAGAAAUCAAAGAAUGUUAUUUAUCUAACUAGCACUCUUGAUAGUUUAGUAUAUAUACAAGCUCCAUUAUGAUCAGGCUACUCAUUCACAAUUCUUCAGCGCCCUCUUUCCUGGUCGUUAAACUCGGAUUAAAUCACCUAGGCCUUCUGUUAUGCUUUGUUAUAAACAUCUACUAAGGUAUUAGUUAUAUAUAUAAAGUAUACAAAUAUAUUGUUUUUUUACUCCAUUUACUUCACAUUAUUACUCCGUUCCUUUACUUCGAUAUUCGUGGGCAAAUAGUAGGAUACAAAGGAUACAUUUAGAAAUCAAACAUGUAUAUGGGAGGCUAUUAGAAAGGCCAUUGAUUCCGGUAGACGCUCGAUAAUUGUUUUACAGCUCGCCUAAUAAAAUCUGCAAAGCGUUUUAGGGAUCGUCAAGGGGCGGAUUAAAGGGAGAACCAAAACAAAAGUUCGCUCCUUCCACUUCUCUCUCUCUCUCUCUUUUACAUUCC